AAUACAGGUGGAGUAUAAAAACGGGAGUAAGGUCGGAAGUAGAACAGGAAGUGAGGUAGCGGAAACGUCAGGGUUUUGGCCGCCAUAUUGCUGUGCUGAGUGCAGGAGGAAGUCUGAGAGGACAUUAAAUACGGCUUGUUUUUGACAGUAAAUGGAAGGUGCGAUGGCGAGUCCAGGAAAAGAGAAUUAUCGGAUGAAGAGCUACAAGAACAAAGCUCUGAACCCACAGGAGAUGCGACGGCGCAGAGAGGAGGAGGGCAUUCAGCUUCGCAAACAGAAAAGAGAAGAGCAGCUGUUUAAGAGGAGGAAUGUGUGUGCACCAUCAUGUGAUGAGUCUAUGCUCGAGUGUCCCAUCCAGGACCCAGACAUCAGCUCCACCGUGCCAAUGUCCUCAGAUGCAGUUAUAACACCAGACAUGGUUCAGAUGAUUUUUUCUGAAGAUGCAGACCAGCAGCUCCUUGCCACACAGAAAUUCAGGAAAUUACUCUCAAAAGAGCCGAAUCCGCCCAUUGAUGAGGUCAUUGCCACGCCUGGUGUAGUGAGCAGGUUUGUAGAGUUUCUGAGGAGGAGUGAUAACUGCACUCUGCAGUUUGAAGCAGCCUGGGCUCUGACUAACAUAGCCUCCGGAACGUUCCUGCACACUAAAGUGGUAAUUGAAACAGGAGCUGUUCCUAUAUUCAUCGAGCUACUCAACUCUGAGUAUGAAGAUGUACAGGAGCAGGCUGUGUGGGCGCUCGGAAACAUUGCUGGAGAUAAUGCAGAGUGUAGAGAUUUUGUCCUGAACUGUGGAAUACUUCCUUCACUACAGCAGUUACUUGCAAAAUCAAAUCGUCUUACCACCACUCGGAAUGCUGUGUGGGCUUUAUCCAACCUGUGCAGAGGUAAAAACCCUCCACCAGAGUUCAGCAAGGUGUCUCCAUGUCUCAGUGUCCUUUCCAGACUGCUGUUCAGCAGUGAUCCAGAUGUUUUAGCAGAUGCAUGCUGGGCACUGUCCUAUCUGUCUGAUGGUCCAAAUGAGAAAAUCCAGGCUGUGAUUGACUCUGGAGUGUGUCGCAGAUUAGUGGAGCUGCUCAUGCACGGUGAUUAUAAAGUGGUGUCUCCUGCACUGCGGGCUGUGGGGAACAUCGUGACUGGAGAUGAUAUUCAGACUCAGGUGAUCCUGAACUGUUCAGCAUUACCCUGUCUCCUUCACCUGCUCAGCAGUCCUAAAGAAUCAAUAAAGAAGGAAGCAUGUUGGACCGUUUCAAACAUCACAGCAGGGAACCGAGCGCAGAUCCAGACGGUGAUCGAUGCAAACAUUUUUCCUGUGCUGAUCGAGAUCUUACAAAAAGCAGAAUUCCGCACCAGGAAGGAAGCAGCAUGGGCCAUCACUAAUGCCACCAGUGGGGGAACACCAGAGCAAAUCAGGUACUUGGUGUCUCUAAAUUGCAUUAAGCCGAUGUGUGACCUGCUGACUGUGAUGGAUUCAAAAAUUGUUCAAGUUUCUCUGAAUGGUCUGGAAAAUAUCCUGCGGCUGGGGGAGCAGGAAUCCAAACAAAACGGCACAGGCAUCAAUCCAUACUGUGCACUCAUUGAGGAGGCCUAUGGUUUGGAUAAGAUCGAGUUCCUGCAGAGCCACGAGAAUCAGGAGAUUUAUCAGAAAGCAUUUGAUUUAAUUGAGCAUUACUUUGGUGUGGAGGAGGAGGAUGCCAACAUCGCCCCUCAAGUGGACCAGAACCAGGACCAGUACAUUUUUCAACAGCACCAUGGGCCCAUGGACCGUUUCCAGCUAUAAGUAUCUCCACCCCACCAUCUCUCCAUCUCUUCCUUUAUUUCCAUCCUUGUACACAGAGGAGAAAAUGUCGCUUGAUUUCUUGAGUUCUGAGCUCAGACUUUCACAGACUUUUUCAAGCCUAUCUAUUAUUAUUAUUAUUAUUAUUAUUAUUAUUAUUAUUAUUAUAUUUUCUAACACAUUGGCACUGGUGACCCUAAAACUUUGCAUCCCUUCUAUAAUGUGAAGCUACCUCUCUAACCCUGUACUGAUCAGCAGAAUGCACUUGAGUUCUCUCUCUGAAAUACAAACUGCUCUCAUCAGCCAAUCAGCUGUACAGGACACACCCAUGUGGGACACACCCGUGUCAGACACGCCCAGAUUAUUGCUGUUUUGUUUUACACUAAUUUUCUCUUUAAACGUCUGUCCUUUUAUUUAUUUCUGAAUUGCUGGAUUUUAAAGAGGUAAAUAUCACACAUUCAGUGAGGUGAAAAAGUUCAUUUUCCUUCAGUAAUCAGAUUUACAUCAGAAAGUGUGUUUGUAGGUGUGUGAGGUUUAUGGUAAGAUCAGAUCAAGAGACAGAAUGUCACUAUAUUGCAGUGGUAUUUAUUAGGGCUGAUGUGAUUGCAGUUUAUAAUGUUCCUUUAAGCUUUUAUAGUUUUUCCCAUCUGUGACUCGCUUGUCCACUUCAACGCUUCCCAUAAGCGUGCACAAGUCACUGCUGAACGCUCGGGUUGGUAAAGAGCUGGUGCAGCUACAGAGCCUCUACCGAGAAGACUCCAUUCCACAGCUAAUGAACAUUUUAAAUACUGUUCAGUCGGGACAAUGUGAUGGGACAGGCUGUCUCAUAGCUGCGGAGGAAAGUGGACACACGUACGUUUAAUAAUGUCAUUGGAACACAGCCCGAUUUAACGGUGUGGGUUUCCAGAAAAAUGGAUCAGAAUAAAUAAUUCAUAAACUAUGAAGUUUCUCCACACUAUAGAAUACUAAUGCUGGACUUUUUAGAAAGCAUGCUAACGGAGAAAUUGAGUUUUUUGUUCUUUUGCUGUGGAAUCUUUUCCCCUUAUACGAGUUUCUUCAGCAUGAUCUGUGGCUUAUUAAUGAUAUUGAAUUUCUUUGAUUUGGCGAAAUGGAGGCAAGUCCAGUUGAAGAGAGUGUUACAGAAGCACAUGCAGUAAAAUGCUGAAAUAUUUCUCAUGGUUUGUACGAUGAUUUUCAUGUUGAAUAAAGUUGGUGUCUGUACUGAUGUGCAGUGUAAAGGGCAUCAGAAUGUUGAUGUUGUACAAAAUGAGAACUAAUAAAAUGUUCUGGUUGCUUUGUUUAAAA